GCCAGGUCACAUCUGGUCCAGAUGUUGAUUUGUUCUCUAAGUGCAGAGAGAGUUGAUAGAUCGGUCUGAGGUCUGAUCAAUGAUCCUCCGUCAUCAGUCAGACGAUCAGGACAUAAAGGGCUGCAGACGGACGGACGAGUCCACAGAGGGACAACUGACAGAACUGAAACCAGCCGAGGUCUCACCGCCGACACUGAGCUGCAGCGAUGAGUCACGACCACCUGACCCGUCCCUCUUCUCUCUGCUCUGUGGGAGAAAACUGCUCCUCCCUCCGGACUGACCACCAUCACCAUGUCAGGAAGUCAAAGUUGCUCCACCUGCCUGGCCACGCCCCCACACGCCACACUCACCUGCAGCCUCACCUGUUCCCCACCGUAGAUGUCCCUGACCACGCCCACUACAUUAUUGGCUCUGUCAUGCUGUUGGUGGGAGUGACAGGCAUGCUGGGAAACGCUCUGGUCAUUUACGUGUUCUGUCGCAGUCGGACACUGCGGUCGCCCAGUAACAUACUGGUGGUCAACCUGGCGGCUGCCGACUUCCUCAUGUCUCUGACACAGUCUCCAGUCUUCUUCGUGGCCAGUCUGCACUGUCGCUGGGUGUUCGGGGAGCUCGCCUGCGAGCUGUAUGCCUUCUGCGGUGCUCUGUUUGGCAUCACCUCUAUGAUGACACUGACGGCCAUCGCUGUGGACCGCUGCCUCGUCAUCACACGGCCGCUGGCCCUGCUGGGGGGGGUAAGUCGUCGGAGGGUGUUGGGAGUGGUGGUGGUAGUGUGGUUGUACUCACUGGGUUGGAGUCUGCCACCGUUCUUCGGGUGGAGUGCCUACGUCCCUGAAGGCCUGCAGACAUCCUGUAGCUGGGACUACAUGAGCUUUACGGCCGCUGUGCGUACCUACACCAUCCUGCUGUUUGCCUUCGUCUUCUUCGUCCCACUCACCAUCAUCGCUGGCUGCUACUUCACCAUCUUCCGGACGGUGCGGCAGGCGGCGUGGGAGGUGGAGCAGCUGAGUUGUGGAGAGACCAACAAGGCAUACGAGCGUCUGCGGAACGAGUGGCGGAUAGCUAAAGUGGCUCUGGGCGUGAUCCUGCUGUUCAUCGUGUCCUGGUCUCCGUACUCUGUGGUCGCACUGACCGCCACCGCUGGCUACGCCCACCUGCUGACUCCCUACAUGAACUCGGUGCCUGCCGUCAUCGCCAAGGCCUCUGCCAUCCACAACCCCAUCAUCUACGCCAUCACACACCCAAAAUACCGAGCCGCCAUCGGCCGCUACGUCCCACCACUGCGCGCUGUCCUCCAGCUGCAGGAGAAGGACCUGCGCUCGUCUUACAGCUCCAGCGGCGCUUCAUCUCGCCGAGCCACGCUCACCAGUCAGAGCUCGCCAGGAGUCCGGCUCAGCGCUGGCGUCCAGACCAACGGCCGCUGGGGGAAGAGCAGGUUGUCCUCCGCAUCUGACAGCGAGUCCUGCUGGACAGAGAGUGAAGCUGACGGAUCCAGUGCUGGAUCAACAGCCUUCAACAGACAGAUGUUUACAGAUGUUACUGCCGACAUACCCAACAUUAAGACCACCGGCACCGGACUCACCGCCACCACCGCCAUGGUCAGCCAGCACACACGACAGACAGUUGACAGUGCCUCACCUGCAGCACCUGACACUGACUCGCUGGACGAGGCCGUGAUGGAGGGAAAGUCUCUGCUGCUUCCUCUGUGACACCUGAACCAAAACCUGAGGGAGUUUUUAUUGGACAGAGAGAAAACAUCACAUCAGGGGGCGGAGCUGGACUUUCUCAGAGAUGACAUUAAUGUUUCGCAUACUGUCGUCAUGGUUACGCUGCUCGUGUUCCUUGUUCUUACAGAAAAACUCCUGUUAUCCUGAAUUUUCUGAAACUUUGUCCGAACGUUAAGAUGCACUUUAAUGUUAUUGAUUAUUGAUUGAUCAGUAUUGUGAGCAGCUGACUGAGAUGACUGAUGACACUUGUUUUAUGCAGGUUCAGUGUUUAAACUCCUGAAUUUCACUUUUGAUUUAUUUUAACUUUUAUUUUAAAAGUUUUCUUUGGGAACCUUGUUUGCUUCUUUAUUUUUUGUUUCCUUCCUUUCUUCCUUCCUUACCUCA